AUGAGUGUAUCCAAUGUACAACGGAUUUUAACAGACAGUAUACCGAAAAUUGCUGACGUUGUGCAAGACGUAAUAUAUUGGCCUGAACGAAUGGCAAUAAAAACAGCUAUGCCUAUAGCGUUUAGAGCUAGAUAUAGGCAAACGGAGUCAAUCAUAGACUGUUUAGAAAUUCAAAUAGAGAAACCAACAGAUUCUCUUAAACAAGCCUUGACGUGGAGCGAAUAUAAGAAAUGCAAUACAUUGAAGUAUUUAAUUUCAUCCACACCAAAUGGCUUUGUUAAUUUUAUUUCAGGUGGUUAUGGAGGGCGCACGUCUGAUAAAGACAUUUUGAAAAAAAGUGGAUACUUGAACUGCUUACCAGAUGGUGCAUCUGUAAUAGCUGAUAGAGGUUUCAAGCAUGUCACUCCGAUGCUCACAGCAAAAAACUGUAUCCUAAUUAGACCUCCAAGCGUCAGCGAAGGUAAAAAAUUAAGCAAAGUGGAAAUGAAGAAAAAUAAAACCAUCGCUGCUUUACGAGUGCAUGUGGAGCGUGUUAUAAAAAAACUUCGAGAGUUUACAAUGUUAGGCCCUCAUGCUUGCAUUCACCACAGCCUGCUGUACCUCAUGAAUCACAUAAUAAUAAUUGCUUGUGCAAUUAUUAAUGUACAGGGAAAAUUAAUAAAAUGUUAA